UACUUCAGCUCGAGAUGCAAUGGACUCAAUUAUUUCAAAUUUAGAUCUGCAUCUAUUUCAAUGGUUCAAAAUUAUUUUAAAGAAUUUGAAGAAAAUAAAUAAAGGCUUCAUCGUUUCGGUAAAAAAGAAAUAUGAUUAUCUGAAAGUACCGGAUUACGGGUAAAUCAGCUUAUUCAACCUAUAUCUGCCUGGGGGUUGGGGGGGGGGGGGGCACUGUAUCACGAUGUUUACGAUACAGCGCCCCUAGGGGUUAAAAUCCGAAACAUGCGAACGAAAUCCCAUUCAACCUUCAACCAUCCCAAAUUCUGAAGUGGGAAUUCGUCGUUCUCUUUUCCGUUUCCUAUCUACCUAUCGUUGAUUUGACAUUCUUUCCAAAAUGGCUGCUAUAAGUGUCUGACACAAGUUGGUUGCGAUUUAAAAAUGCUUUUGGUCCAGCAUAUCUUCCUUAUUUCCAUUUGACAGUAUUAAAAGUUGUGAUAAAAUGUGUCAGUUGUUCGAUUUAAGGAAUCUGAAGUAACACCUUGAUUGUUAAAAUGCCGAGUUUACGAAAACGCGUUGCUGGAUUUAUGCGUCAGCUGUCUGUCAGCAAUCUUGCUGCUGCUGUUGAGAAUAUCGGCCACGGUGAAUCUUCUCCACGUAGUCCUAGAAAUGUUCCUCAGGACCUACCUGGCGGUUGUUUUAUUACUCGAUACCUGAAUGGAUUGGAGAUUAAGAUGGAGGGUCCAGUAAUACUGCAUGGGCGUAAUCCGGAGGAGCUACCAUCGUAUCCAUUAUGUACCUUGGAUAAUGGGGAGGAAGUAUUUGCAGCUUUAACAGGCCCAGAUCUGGGUUUGACCACGGUAAACUUGAAGCAGCGGCAUUUAAGUAUCAGCGAUCCAGACGUUGACUACAUUGAUAUUUUGGAACAGUCCGACCAUGAAAGAACUGUAAAUACAUCGAUGGACUGUAUAUUCUCUGUGGCUCACGAUCGAUGGUUUAUGAUUCGCCCAAGUGAUUCCCCGUCUUGUCCCAUCGACAACAGUUCAAUUAAAAUUCGUGCCGCUGGAAAGUUAUAUGAUCCAGAUUCCAAGUAUUCUAAUGAAAACUUGUUGGAUAGUUUGGAAUCCAAUUGCAAUAACGAACAGACUGAUUUGUUGGACGAUGACUGCAAAGAUUAUACAACAUCGAGAGAUCAAUCUGAUGUGGGAGUCAGAGGACUGCCUAGGCAGAAUAUUGAUAAUUUAGUAACGGAUGUUAUGGUCGCUGAAGAUUCAACCUCCAAAUUAGAAGAUACGUUUGAUUAUGAUGCUAAAAUCAAAGAAAAGUUGGACAAUUUUCAGUUCAGUCUCACAUCCAAAGAACACUUUACAUUUGAAACGACCAGUUUCAUACCAGAAAGUACAUUUGUACCUACCAAACAGGCAAAUGUAAGCUUUGACGAUAGUUUGAAUGACAAUGGUAUGCAAUUCAAUGAUGAAAAUAUAAGCAAUGAUAUUGCGGAUGCUUCCAAGGAAGGGAAUUUCAAAAACGACAUAAUUCCACCACCGUCUGAGUUUGCUUCUGAGAUGAAUCCAUUGAGGAAAUCAAAAAGUGCUCCAGCUCCGUUUCGAAAGGCAAAAAAAGGAACAACUUCUGACGGUGAAAUAGCUUGCGUAUCAGACUGGUUCAGGCCUCACGAUUUAGCCUACGGAGUGGCGACCACGCUGUAUGAGAAGAAUCCAACGACAAAUAUCAAUAACGGAGAACCAAUUGCCGAUUGUUUUGGUAUCUCGGCUAGACCAAAGGCAGCCGUUUUGGGUCUCGCUGAUGGCGUUAACUGGGGCCCAAAAGCAAGCAUUGCCGCUCGAGCAGCGGUGCACGGGAGUAUAGAAUACUUGAACAAGGCUCUUUUCUCGUCGGCACCAGGCGGUGGAGUAACUACGACUAGGGACGUGUUCGUGGCUUUGUUACGCUCUUUUCACUCGGCGCAUUCUCUCAUUCUACAGGAGCAAGGAAUGCUCACGACUCUAACAGUAUGUGCUGUACUACCCUUACUGCGUACCAACUCUGGGUCAAAUUGUCGUACCGAAAGGUACGUGGCGUGUACGUGCAACGUUGGCGACAGUUUGGCGUACGUUUAUUCCAGACGAACGGGUGUAAGGGAGAUAACGCAAGGCUCUCACGACAUUCACUGCAUGCGAGAUAUGCGAGACGCAUUGGGAGCUUUGGGUCCAGUCGACGGUUCUAAUCCAGAGUUGAAUAAUCUGACUUUGUCUAUGACCGAGGUGGAAAAAGGCGAUAUAGUAUUUUUAACCAGCGAUGGAAUAUCGGAUAACUUUGAUCCAGUAGUGGGAAAAUUUGCCAUAUUACCUACCAAUAACACUGCAAGUUCUGACAAAAGUGUCAAGCAUGAGGGCCAGAGUAGGACCAGAACUCGUCGUAAGUCUGCCGAAAAUUUAAGAAGGUCAGAUUCGAUCGGUAGUAGCAACAGUGGAUUACCUGUCGUUGAGGCUUAUCAAAGGCACGAACUGACUCUUUUAAGAAUGGAGGAUUUGUUGAGGCGUGGAGUAUCCGGGGAAGGACCACCUUGCGAUAAUGCCAGACGUCUUUGCGAAUUACUUCUCGAUUUUGCGGUGAGGAUCACAGCUGCAAAACGUCGUAUUCUAGAAGAUCCAGAUCUGUAUUAUGCUCAGCAAAAAGAUGGCCACAUGAUCCAAUUAUCAAAAUUGGAACAAAGAAAUCGGCGGAAAAAAAUGCUGGAAAAGAUUUCAAUGGUACCGGGUAAAUUGGAUCAUGCAACUGUCGUGGCGUACACGGUUGGUCAGUACACCGAAUCUGAUACCAAUCUUUAGUUGUUCAUAAAAUUGUAUGUAUAACGUGUACAUGUACAAAUAGGAAGUAUUUUUAUUUUUACAAGAGAAUAACGUUUAUAGUAUGAUUCUUAAAAAGCUAAGGUAGUCGCCAUGUAUGUACCAUGUAUAAUUAAUUAUUUGUAUAUAUUGUGCGUUAGAAACGGUGAAAGUUAUUCUUUUGAUUAGGAUAAACCACGUAAGACGUAAAGCGGUUUGAAAUUUCCGUACAUGGAUUCCAUAUAACUAAAUCGAAGCUAUUACGCUACACCUGGUAACGUAGCAUAUGAAACAAUUCUUCUCAUUUCAUCAGGCUCUAGAUUCUACUUUCGCAGCGAAUUUAUCCUUUAUUUUCUGUGAUAGUAAUGUAAAAUGAAAAAAAAAAAAAAAAAAACUUGAAGUUUGAUUUAGAUUUUUUUUUUUCCGAAAAUUUGCUGUUCAAAUGCAUAAUUUCAGAAAUUAAAAUUUGCAACAUAUUUCAGAAUUAUAUGUCACUUGCACUUUUCAUCAAACUCUAGUUGGGAUUUAAUGAUUGUUGUUUUUUGAAGUAUGCUUUGUAAUUCUCACGAGUUGCUUUUACUUAAUUGAAAAGAAGUUUAAUUCAUUGGAGAGUGUUUCCUUCAUAGAAAUCUCUUGUUUUCUCAUUGUAUCUGAGAAAAAAAGAAAAAGCAACAAUAACCUCGUUAAGAAUACAAGGUCUAGAGUCUGGUCCUUUGUCCAUUUCACAGUUAGCAGCUAUUAAUAUAAUAAUUUAACGAGUAAAUAAUUCUGAAAGAACAAAACAAAAGUUUCCAGUCAAGCUGGCAGGAAUAUCUUUAAAUAUAUAGGUCAUAUUUUAUGGUUCGUAAUCGUACGACCUGAAAAUUUGUUGUUUAUUUAAUAAUUUUAUGAACAUUAUAAAGCGACUUGUAACAGAUAAGCGUAACAAAUUAUAAUUUUUGAUCUAAAUUUAAUUUUUCGAAAUAAUGCUGUCAAACACACAAAGUGUGAUUUAUUUUCGUUCUAAUUACAUUAAUGUGUUGUCAACGAUUUUUCACCAUUGUUCACUUUUAGAUGAACUUUUACUUACCAUUCUGAUAAAAUUCCAAAGACGGAAACCAAUAUUCAGAUGUAACAAUAUGAAACUCUCCGAAGUAUAUAGCGCGGAUAAUAUUGACAUAAAUGUAGUCAACUAUUUUAUACUAAAAAGUAAUUAUUUAAAUCAAUACCCAUAUUAUAUACAUAUUCCAGUAUAAAAAACUUUCAUACAAGGAUCCCCACUUUCAUAUGAAACGGCACAUACUUUUGUCCAACUGCCCAAACUGAUUACGUGAUAAUUGGAUGGUGGUCCUGUUAGUAUUGAAGGAAAAUUAAGUUCAGUAUUGCUUAAAAGACAAAUUUAACAUUAAUAUUUGGUUACGAAGAAAAAAAAAAAAAAGAAAAGAAAAACAGAAAAUAA